CCCGCCUACCAAUGUACUGUGUGGUAGUCUACCUUUGAUAUACCAGAAUUCGCUCCAAGUGACCAUGGGUUUGGCCGCCGCAAAAACGAAGCGGAAGGUCGGCGCCGACCCGAACAACAACAAAUGGGCCCGCAACACGGAUUCCUUUGGGCACAAGAUCCUCCGGGCCCACGGUUGGGAGCCGGGACAGUAUCUCGGGGCCAAGGAUGCGCCGCACGCUAAAUGGCACACCGCGGCCAACUCUUCCCACAUCCGCGUCGUCUUGAAGGAGGACAACCUGGGCCUCGGCGCAAACCGUAACCAUGGGGAUCAAUGUACGGGGCUGGACGACUUCCAGAGCAUCCUCGGCAGGUUGAAUGGCAAGACGGACGAGGCCUUGGAGACGGAACAAAAGUUUCGACAAGAGUUAAAACUCAGCUUCUACCUCGAAAGGAAGUUUGGCUCGAUGCGGUUCGUCAAGGGCGGCUGGCUGGUGGGCGACCAGGUUCAGGAUACCCCCACAGUAGAGGAGGAGAAGACACCCGAGAGCGAGGAUUCAACCACUUCCUCUGACAGCCAGGCUUCCGAGGCCGAACAGUCGGACGACAAGACGAAGAGGUCCAAGAAGCGGAAGCUCGAGGAUGGUGCCACUACGGAGAGGAAUGGCGGAAGGAAGUCGAAGAAACGGAGGGCCGAGGAUGGUUCCGAAACAGAGACUGAGAAGGAGAAGCGCAGGAGAGAGAGAAAGGAGAGAAAAUCAAAGAAGAAGGAGGAUGCUGACACUACCGACGGCGGUGCCGACACUGAGGCUCCAAGCAAGAAGCGGAAGAAGGGCACACAGGAUGACGGAAGGGAGGAUCCAGCAACCGGCGAUAGUGGAGGCGUCGAGGCAGGUGUAGAGCAAGAUGCCAAGAAACGGUCCAAAAAGGAGAAGAAGCCGAAGAAGAAAAGCAAGAGCGAGGAGUCGAGCGAGACUGAGAAGAAGUCAUCGAAGAAGAGGCGGCGGAAAGCUGAAGACGAGCCCGCCUCUUCGGUCGACGCCGGGGACCCGGUCAGGAAAGACACGGCUCUGGAUUCUUCGGCCGCGACCUCCAAAGCCGCUAGCAGCUCCUCAACGCCGGCAGGCAGCGGCUUCUCAACCCCGACCCGGCAUUUGUCACGGCAGCGAUUCAUUGCACAGAAGAGGAUGGCUUUCUCGGACCCUAAGGCGCUCAAUCAGAUCUUCAUGAUCAAAUCCGAAAGUUAGAAUCGUGGUUGCUUAGAUACCUAUAUACCUCUCGAUCGCGUCUCCUAGCAGCUGCUCUUAGAAUUUAUAACAUAAACCAACUUGUUAGCCAUCGAUUGGAAUCGGAAACUAUUGUGCUUUACAGUGGUCAACCUGUGGAUAUACUUGUUGAAUUUGACAGGGUUCUAUACCUGGCCGCUUGUGAAGUAAUAUGCGGUUCUCUAGGCUCAUUGAUGCCUUCGAGUGGAGGAUCCCGCCUCAUUUCGGGACUUCAGUUGUUGAAGAUCGACACCUCCUUAUAUCUAUCUAUAUAAGACUAUCACCACCCAUGCCCAAGUGCGCCGAGCAUUCCCCCCUCUGCCUUUCCACCUAGCACUUUUAGGACCACGCAUGGUCGUAGAUGGUCGUAAGUCAACACAAUCUAGUUGUCUCGGCCUAUACUUG